AUGUUGUAAAUAUGGAUUUCGUAAGAAAGCUAGUUCCGGUUUUUUUAUUUGCUUCGUGUGUUUUGUUGGUCACAAUUAACGAUAAUAGAGUUGAAGCGUCCCAUAGGAUAUACUCUAGGCUUCAAAGCGUUCCUGCCGGUGAGGUGAAGCAACUCCACAGAACUGCCUACCAUUUUCAACCUCCACAGCACUGGAUUAACGACCCAAAUGGACCCAUGUACUUCAAUGGUCUCUACCACCUUUUCUACCAAUACAAUCCGAAAGGUUCUGUGUGGGGAAACAUUGUGUGGGCCCACUCAAUCUCCAAAGACCUCAUCAACUGGGAAGCCCUACCCCACGCCAUCUUCCCCUCCAAGCCCUUCGACGUAAACGGUACUUGGUCCGGCUCCGUCACCAUCCUCCCUGGCAACCGCCCCGUCAUCCUCUACACUGGCCUCGACAACGACAAGCGACAGAUCCAAAACUACGCCGUUCCGGCCAACGUAUCCGACCCCUACCUCCGGGAAUGGCUCAAGCCGGACGACAAUCCCCUCGUCCUCCCCGGCUCAGACAUGAACGCCAGCCAAUUUCGUGACCCCACGACUGCAUGGUGGCACGGCGGCCAUUGGAGAAUGCUGGUGGGUGGCAAGAGAAAGCACAGAGGGAUGGCGUGGCUUUAUCGGAGCAAUGACUUCAAGCACUGGGUCAAGGCCAAGCAUGCUCUCCACUCUGCCUCCAAAACUGGCAUGUGGGAGUGCCCCGAUUUUUUCCCGGUUUCGUUGCAUGGGAAGAAUGGACUGGACACAUCAAAAGUUGGUGAGGACGUGAAGCAUGUGUUCAAAGUGAGCCUUGAUGAGACUCGCUAUGAAUAUUACACAGUCGGGAAAUAUGAUCCUGAGGGUGAUAUCUAUUUGCCAGAUAACACUUCGGUUGAUGGUAGGGAUGGGUUGAGAUUGGAUUAUGGGAAUUUUUAUGCUUCCAAGACUUUCUUCGAUCCUUCAAAGAAUAGGAGGAUCCUGUGGGGUUGGGCUAAUGAGUCUGAUACAGCUGACGAUGAUACAGCUAAGGGAUGGGCUGGAAUUCAGGCAAUUCCAAGGGAGGUGUGGCUGAGCCCUGAUGGGAAACAAGUGCUCCAAUGGCCUGUUGCAGAAUUAGAAACUUUGAGGGGACAAAAGGUCGACUUGAAAAGUAUUCAAAAUAUGAUACCGGGAAAACUUGUUGAAGUUAAAGGAAUAACCGCUGCUCAGGCUGACGUUGAUGUUACAUUCUCGCUGGCGAGCUUGGACAAAGCUGAGGAGUUUGACCCUAACUGGGAAAAGCUUGACGCCGAAUCAGUUUGUGCCCUAAAGCGUUCGCAUGUUCAAGGGGGCGUCGGUCCAUUUGGGCUCGCGACGUUGGCUUCACAAAACCUAGAGGAGUUCACUCCUGUCUUCUUUAGGGUUUUUAAAACUAAAGACAAUAAGCAUAAGGUUCUCAUGUGCUCUGAUGCAAAAGGUUCAACUUUGAGGCCGUUUGACAUCAAACAGUAUAGACCAUCAUUUGCUGGCUAUGUAGAUGUAGAUUUAGCUGCUGAGAAGAAGAUUUCUCUAAGGAGUUUGAUUGAUCAUUCCGUUGUCGAAAGUUUCGCAGCUGGAGGAAAAACAUGCAUCUUGUCCAGGGUUUAUCCCACAUUAGCUGUCAACGAUGCUGCUCACUUGUUUGUGUUCAACAAUGGGACAGAGCCUGUUUCUGUACAGACCCUCAGCGCAUGGAGCAUGAGUCCUCCUAAGCUAAUGAACCAAAAUUUAAACUUCUGAGCAGAGAAUAGAUAUGAUGCAAUCAGGCAUCUUAUAGUAAUCUAGGGAUACAAACGAGGCUAUUUCCCACUCAUUGGCCAAACACGGGCUUAGUCUUAUGGGUGUUUUUUGGAUUGUACUUGGAAGGUCGUCCUUGGCUUUCCUCACCAUAUAUAAUAUAUAUAGGAUGCGAUGUUUGAAUCCCAUUUUGAUUGACUAUAUACAUUUCUUCUCUUAUCUUAAA